GAUUACAGGCGUGAGCCACCGCGCCCGGCCCUCACAAGGUUUUUAAAAGGAAAAGAGUAGAUGGAUGCCUGUCACAUCAUAUGUAUUAAAAUGCCUAUAAUUAUUUAUAAUGCCAUUUAAUAAAUCCUUGUUCCCUUUAUACACUCAAGAGGAUCAGAAGUGACGGGGCUACUGCAGAAGCAAAGUCCAACAUAAGCCAAGCCUCAUUUUGUUCUUGGGGUUUCCCAGGCCUUCCCUAAGAUGGUUGGUAUUUUGUAUUUUGCCCUACUUGGAUGACCCUUACUGCAGGGGUCAGGCAGUGGGAGUCUCCUUGUCUGGAUAAACUGGGACCCCAGCAAGCUAAGAACAGGGAGCUUUGGCUGGCAGGAAGUGGAAGAACUGGGUCAGUUGGGGGUUGAAACCAAGGAAAGGAAAUGGCCCUAGCUGCCGCAUCAGCCUUCUCACAGGAGUUGCUAGAGUUGCCAUUACGGACCUGCAUUCUCCUUGGGAGCAGUGCUGCUGGGCCCUUGGCCCCACAGCUCCUGAGGCCUAAGCCAAGAGCCUGGAUCUACUACUAUGGUGGUGAUUUGGGGUUCAAGCAGUGCUGCCCCCUCUGGGGAUUGCUAAAAAGCACUGCGAUUUCCUUGGCUCCUAGGGUCAGUAUCUGACCCAGACCUUAAGAAUCUGAUGGUUUAGACGUAACAGGAAAACAGGGUUUCUUCUGCCCCUACAAAUGACUCAGAGCUUCCCAAAACCAGGUUUGUGUCCAGAGCCCUUCAGAGGCUCUACAGGGUUCAUCUGCUCUUGCCUGUGGGAAUGGAGAAUACUGCACAGUGGUGCGGGGAGGCCAGCCAGGGUCCAGAAGGCCCUGCCUCCACCAGUCCAGGGCUAGGAGCCGUUGAGUAUCACACCCGCCCAGCCCCAAACAUCACGGGUCAGCAGAGAGAAAUUCAAAUACCUGUGAGCACGGAAGUGGACAGAGGAGGCCCAGGCGGAUCCUGCGCCAGUUGGAUUGAUUGGCUGCCCUGAAACAGACUCUACCUCAGAAAGAACUGGGCCCAGGCUGCAGAGUUAGCUGGACAGAGCAUCUGAAAACUGCAUCUCCGUGGGUGAAGGGGAGAAGCCAGGGGAUGAGUCAGCCAGCCCCAAGGCUUUGACAAAGGCGCGGAGAGGAGCUAGAUGAUCCAGUAAGGCGGAAAUGGGGCUGAACGGGGAACAGAACCCAGGCUCCCCAGCUGCCCUCCGCCUAAGUUGCCCCCCCACACGUCAUUCCGCACACAAUGUUUAGACAGAGCAGCGAAGAAGAAACACAGACAUCCUGGGUCCUGCGGGGAGGAGGCCAGGGCUGGGAACGAGAAGGUCUGUUUAUUCCUGGCAGUCCCAUAUCCAAGGAGCCCACACCCAUGUGUGUCUGUACCCCAGGCUGAACUCUCCCAGAGCUUCUGACUUCUGCCCAAGCAGGCAGUGCGAGUCCUGGGCCCGGUGCUGGAACCCCGCGGCAUCCUGCCCACCGGCUCCCUGCAGGCUGGGUCUGAGGGUUACACGCUUUCCUCUUCCCAUUUUUUGCCUUAGUGGGAGUCUUGCCUCUCCAGGCCCCCUGACUGGCUGUGCAGGGCUGGCAGAGCCAGACUCCUAAGGCCUGCAUUCCUUCAGGCCCUGGUCUCCCCAGGGAGUACUGAAGUCCCCUGGCUCUGUCAUCUGUUGCUCUUCAGCCGGGAAGUUUUUCCUAAUGCCUCACCUCCAGCUUUCUUGCUACAGUGUCUGGCUGUUCCCUCCCAUUUUCUGGCCUUAAAGGAGUGUGGCCAGGCUUCUCUCCCCCUCUCCCCAAAGCUGCAGUUGAUACAAAGUGGAAAUCAGAGCCCCACACCUCCUGGCUUCCUAUCCUUGAACUUGCCCUUCCCUUUCACUGCACCUACUUUUCUCGGUUUCCCGCUGGAGCAAAACUGUCAUUCCUCUUGCUUUUGAUAGGCUCCCUAUCUGCCUUCCUCAACAAAGGUAUUUCUUAGAGGCGACAGGUGCAGAAAAAGGCAGAAAUCCUAAUACUGUUAAUAAUAGCUACCUGUCAUUGCGUGCCUGUGUGCCAAGUGCUGCGCGCCAGGUCCUUGUCGUACAUUAACCUUGUUUGGUCUCACAAUAGGUAAGGACAAUUAUGAGUCCCAUUUUACAGAUGAGGAAACUAAGGCAAGAGAACUUCAGUAAUUUGCCUAAGUUCACGCAGCUAAAAAAAAAAAAAAAAAAAGAUCCUGGACAGCUCUGAAUCCAACACUGGCUCAUGCCUCUUAAUCAUCGUGGAAGGGAAGGAGAGACAACCCCCCCAUCGAAGUGUCAAGCACGCGGUGUACGCGGUUACAUGUUAUCCCAUGGCAUUCCCGACAACAACCUCUAGAGGUGGUUUUUCUUGUUCCUGUUUUAUGUAGGGGAAACUGAGGGCCAGCAGUAGCUUGCCCAAGGUCACAUCCCCAGAGCCCUUGGUACCUCAUAGCCCGGAACCUAGAAAGUAAUAGUUACGGAAAGUGUGGAAUGGCCAGAUUCGGGAAGGCAGGGCUGGCCCAUCAGGUGAUGGGACGGGGCCAGUGAAGACCCUCAGGCCCCCAAACCCUCCCCCCUGCUGUCAUCGCGCACACCACCUGUAGCUGCUGUAGCUCUGCGGUUUAAAGCUUAUAAAUGUAAAUGUAUUAACUGAAGCAGGAAGUGGGGAAGGGUAGACUAAGUCAUUAUUAUUCAUGAACUAGAAUGCGUUUGUCAGAUUCGCUGGGCACUAGCGGUGAGAGGGCUCCAAGCUGAAGUAGGGAAGCCACCACCUAGGUGGCAAGGUGUGUCCAGUUGGCUAGGGGUCGGAGGAGGAGGCACUCACAGAAGGAUUUGUGGGGCAAGGGGUUGCUGCAGCUCAGGAUGUGCCAGGUCCCACCCCCAGAGGCGGGGCCAGCACCCAGCCCUGGCUGCCGCUACUCCAUCCCUCCGGGAACCCAGGCAGGCGGCAGAACCUGGGCAGGCGAGCCCGGUCCAGACGGCUGUUCCCACAGAGCAGAGGCACCGUUUGCUGGCCAGCCAGGACACCAGACACGGUGUGAAGCCCUGCAGGGAUGGCUGCAGCAACUCCUGGCCACUGAGGAAAGCCCAGGCUGGAAGCUGGGCAGGCAACACCUGUCCCCAACAGCCAUCAAAUAGGAUAUGGCCCCCAGCCCGUGGAUCUGCACCCUCUGGAUCUGCACCCUCUGGAUUCACGUGCAGUCCCCACCAGGACAGCAACCUGCACCCCAUCCUAACUCUGGCGCCCCAUCCUCCACGCAGGCAUGCUGGCUGCUGCACCAGGCCCGCUCCAUCCCCAGGCCCAAGAUGACAGCCAACAGCACUGAGGAAUGGCCCAACCCUGUUCCCAAGGGGGCUCUGGGGCUCUCCCUAGCCCUGGCAAGCCUCAUCGUUGCUGCCAACCUGCUCCUGGCCCUGGGCAUCGCCUGUGACCACCGUCUGCGCAGCCCACCUGCUGGCUGCUUCUUCCUGAGCCUGCUGCUGGCUGGGCUGCUCACAGGGCUGGCGCUGCCCAUGCUGCCAGCACUGUGGAGCCAGAGCCGCCGGGGUUACUGGUCCUGCCUCUUCCUCUACUUGGCUCCCAACUUUUCCUUCCUCUCCCUGCUCGCCAACCUUCUGCUGGUACACGGGGAGCGCUACAUGGCAGUGCUGUGGCCACUCCGGCCCCCUGGGAGCACACGGCUGGCCCUGCUCCUCACCUGGGCCAGCCCCCUGUCCUUUGCCAGCCUGCCUGCUCUAGGGUGGAACCACUGGACGCCUGGCACCAACUGCAGCUCCCAGGCUGUCUUCCCAGCCCCCUACCUCUACCUGGAAACCUAUGGGCUCCUGCUGCCUGCCGUGGGUGCUGCUGCCCUCCUCUCUGCCUGCGUGCUGGUCGCCGCCCACCGCCAGCUGCAGGACAUCCGCCGGCUGGAGCGGGCAGUGAACCGUGACGUGCCUUCAGCCCUGGCCCGGGCCCUCACCUGGAGGCAGGCAAGGGCGCAGGCAGGAGCCACGCUGCUCUUCGUGCUGUGCUGGGGGCCCUACGUGGCUACCCUGCUCCUCUCGGUCCUGGCCUACGAGCAACGCCCACCGCUGGGGCCUGGAACGCUGUUGUCCCUCCUCUCACUGGGCAGUGCCAGUGCAGCAGCCGUGCCUGUGGCCAUGGGGCUGGGUGAUCAGCGCUACACAGCCCCCUGGAGGGCGGCUGCACGAAGGUGCCUGCAGAGGCUACAGGGAAGGGCCUCCCAGGGCAGGCCGGGCCCCAACACUGCCUACCACACCAGCAGUGUCGACCUGGACUUGAACUAGGGGAAGGGCCUCUGCUGACCCUACAAGAGCAUCCAUCCAACUCAGCCAAGCCUGUCUGGUCCACAUUUCUCUGGGUCAGAGACCCUGCCCCAUCUGACCCCUCCCUGACCAAAUAAAGGCCGUUUAUGGUUACUUCACUCCAUUAUCUCAGAAAGGGAGAGGCAGGUAGACCCCACUAUGGAAAGAACC